UUUUUCCCUUUUCCGAUUUUUCAUUUUUCAUUUUCAUUUUUAUCAAACAGAGUAUUUCUUCUCCUCCAAUUCCUCGCCACGAUUAACUCGUGCACUAUCUCCGAUCUAUCAUGCCGGCGCUGCCCAUUUAGUUGCCGUCCUUUUUUCUUUCUGCCCCCAGAUCUGAGUGAUCGCUAUCAGGGCUUGAUGUGUUAGUUCUAGCGAGGAGAGGGGAGCAAUUUAGAAAAUGUUUUGUGGGUGCCCAGAUGAGAAGAACUGAUGUUAUUAGCAGUAGAAGGAGGAGGAUUCUUCUCUUCUUCAGCAUCUGGGUAUAGCAAGGGUCUGACCCUUCUUCUUUUGGGUCAAAAGGAUGAAGACAGACCCAUGAGAAUUGCACCGUGGAACCAUUACCAGUUGGUGGACCAAGAACCAGACCCUGACCUCCAGCUGGCUUCCAUUAAGAACAGGCUUUCCCGCGGGUGCGCCUCCUUUGUCUGCUUUGGUCGCGCUUCCGCUGGACUCGAUAGCCCAUCUCCUCUGAAAGUAGGCCCUGCACAACAGCAGGAUGGUUUACCGGGGUCCCUUGUUUCUGAGAAUAGCAAGGAUAAUCCAGCUGAUCUUGGUGGUGGUAAUUGUAAUUCUGCUAAUGUAAGAAAGGUUUCUCUGAAGAGUAGUUUGAAGAAGCGAUCAAAUGGUAUCCCAGCAACUGUUGAGUCAAAUUGUACCCCAACACAUGUUGAUCACUGUGAAACAUUGGAAGAAAAAGAUAGUGAUAUACCUGGUCAGGUUGAACGAAGGAAAGUGCAGUGGACAGAUGUUUGUGGUAGUGAGCUUGCUGAAAUCAGGGAAUUUGAACCAAGUGAAAUAGGUGGAUCAGAUGACGAAUUUGAUAAUGGAAAUGAACGAGCUUGUUCAUGUACAAUUAUGUAGUUUGGCCUUGAUGUUGGAUUCAACAACCAAUACCAUUAGGUAAAUUACCACUAACAAAGCUUCCUAUGCUUCAAGGUAUUCAAUUGAUUUCUCAACAAAUAGAAGCAAGUUUGAGUCCACUUCGCUACAAGCAACAGUACUGGAGAACCGUCUCUCUAGCCACCUUUGGUUGGACUAAGCAUUUGUGUCUAUACCAUAUAUUGAAUUUCAUAUUUCAAUUUUGUCAUCUUGAGCUUCAUUUUGUUAUGUUAGGAUUGUGCCGUCCAUUAUUUUGUCGUAAUUAAUGUGUUAUAUCUUCACCUCAAAAUUAUUCGUUGUUAUUGCUUUUUGUUGCUUGUUCCAAACGCAUUUAGUUACAGUAACAUUUGGAGUGCAUUCUGUCCGUAUAAUGGGUAUCAAUGCUCAUUCUUUAUGACACUGUUUGUAUCAUCUGGUUGACUAUUCACUUCUGCGUGUCCAAUGCGUGUACAAUUAAUAAUAUUUUGCAUA